AUGUUCUCAAAAAUAAGCAACGUUUGCAAGGGCAUGGCUCCAGAGAUCCCCGAAGAUCUUUAUCAUUUGGUGAAAAAGGCCGUCAGCAUCCGGAAACAUCUCGAGCGAUGCCGCAAGGACCGUGAUUCGAAAUACCGAUUGAUUCUUGUCGAGAGCCGAAUUCACCGUCUUGCUCGUUACUACAAAACUUCCAAAGCGCUUCCCCCAUCUUGGAGAUACGAGAGCAGCACAGCGUCCACCCUUAUCGGA